AUGGCCGGUAUUUCUAGAUCAGUCAACCUUCUUCUGAGGAGCAGCAGAUCCUCUCUGCUGCGGCCUCGCGCUGUGAACCCGGUUCACCAUGCGCUCUCCAGCGAAAGAUUUGCAGCUCGUACUUUUGCAACAGCCUUCGAGCGAACGAAGCCUCACGUCAACGUCGGUACGAUUGGUCACGUUGAUCACGGAAAGACCACUUUGACUGCUGCUAUCACCAAGCGUCAGGCUGAGAAGGGUCUGGCUAGCUUCCUUGAAUACGGUGCCAUUGACAAGGCUCCCGAGGAACGAAAGCGCGGUAUCACUAUUUCCACUGCUCACAUCGAGUACUCAACCGACACCCGUCACUAUGCCCACGUCGACUGUCCCGGUCACGCCGAUUACAUUAAGAAUAUGAUUACUGGUGCUGCUAACAUGGAUGGCGCCGUUGUCGUUGUUGCCGCUUCUGAUGGUCAAAUGCCCCAGACUCGUGAGCACUUGCUCCUCGCCCGUCAAGUCGGUGUCCAGAAAAUCGUCGUGUUCGUCAAUAAGGUCGAUGCCGUGGAGGACCCUGAGAUGUUGGAGCUUGUCGAGUUGGAAAUGCGUGAACUCUUGACUACCUACGGAUUCGAGGGUGAAGAAACUCCAAUCAUCUUUGGCUCUGCUCUUUGCGCCUUGGAAAGCCGUAAGCCUGAAAUUGGCGAACAGAAGAUUGACGAGCUUAUGAACGCGAUUGAUACCUGGAUCCCAACCCCUCAGCGUGACCUUGACAAGCCUUUCUUGAUGUCCGUCGAGGAAGUUUUCUCCAUCUCCGGACGUGGUACUGUUGCCUCUGGCCGUGUUGAGCGUGGUGUUCUGCGCAAGGAUUCCGAAGUCGAGAUCGUCGGCUACCAGAAGGACCCUAUCAAGACUAAGGUCACUGAUAUUGAGACUUUCAAAAAAUCCUGUGAUGAAUCCCGCGCUGGUGACAACUCCGGUUUGCUUAUCCGUGGUAUCAAGCGUGAGGAUGUCCGACGUGGAAUGGUUAUCGCUGCUCCUGGAACCACCAAGGCUCAUGACAACUUUUUGGUUUCCAUGUAUGUCCUGACUGAGGCUGAAGGUGGUCGCCGUACUGGAUUCGGCGCCAACUAUCGCCCCCAGGCUUUUAUCCGUACUGCUGAUGAGGCUGCCACUCUCAGCUUCCCUGGUGAUGACCAGUCCAAGAUGGUCAUGCCCGGUGACAACGUUGAGAUGAUCUUGAAGACACAUCGCCCCGUCGCUGCCGAGUCUGGUCAGCGUUUCAACAUCCGUGAGGGUGGACGCACUGUCGCCACUGGCCUUAUUACCCGUGUCCUUGACGCCAAGGCUUAA